CUCCUUUACUCUAGUCUUCAUGACCAAGUGUAUAAAUGCCAUUUCGUUACUAUAACCUACGUAUGUGACGAAAUAAUGUUUAUAAGUAUACAAAUUUGACAUCUUUCUGUUUCGUGUAACCUUCAAAUUAAUUACACUCAUAGAAUUAUGUGAUUAAGAAAUUGCUACCUGUCAUGUUAACUUAAUUUAUUCUCAAUGUUUAUUUUUAAAUUGUAAUAUACAAGUUAUUUAAAACACAAAGUGCAGUUAAUUGUGGAAAAUGACAACAGGCCAAAGUGGACAUGACUACGCUCUUGCAAUUAGACAAGAAAUCCAGCGUUUCGAAAGUGUUCAUCCCUCAAUAUACGCUAUUUAUGACCUUAUAGAUCUCAUAUCUGAUACACACAUUGCCAAACAAAUUCGAGAGCACGUUGUUGCUAUUGAAGACUCCUUUGUUAACAGUCAUGAAUGGACUUUAGCAAGAGACGUCCCAGAAUUACAUCUAGGUAUCAUUGGCUCAUCAGAUUCCGGGAAGUCCGCCCUAGUUCAUAGGUACCUCACAGGAUCUUUUAUGCACGAAGAAUCUCCGGAAGGCGGUCGUUUCAAAAAGGAAGUUUUUGUCAAUGAUCAAAGCUAUUUGCUCCUUAUUAGAGAUGAAGGCAGUGUUCCAGAAUUGCAAUUUUCUUCAUGGAUAGAUGCAGUACUAUUGGUAUUUAGUUUAGAAAGUGAGGAUAGCUUCUCCCGGAUAUACAGUUAUUACAACCGAAUGUGUUCAUUUCGAAACAUGAUUGAUGUGCCGAAAGUACUUGUGGGUGUACAAGAUUCAAUCAAUGAUACAAAUCCUCGGAUAAUCAAAGAUAUGAGGCCUCGUAAGCUGGCAAGUGAAUUAAAAUGCCCUUAUUACGAGACAUGUGCUGUAUACGGCUUAAAUGUUGAAAGAGUAUUUCAAGAUGUUUGUCAAAGAAUAAUUGAAAAUAUAUCUUCAAAACACUUUCGAUGUAAUGGACAAAGCUCGGGAGAAGACGAUAAAAAACACUCUGCGCCUGUGAUUACAAAACAUGUACAACCACCUACCAAAGACAUGGACAUAGUUUGUCCGAUUCCAAAAGAUAGUGUCAGCAGCAAUUACCAUUCACCUGGAACUGAGAAAGAUGAUGAAACAACGAUUCGAUCUGGAAAUGAUAGCAGCUCUCAUGUUGACCCUGUAACCACCAACGAUAGUUUUCAAUAUAUACAAAAUCAACAUGGAGAACUGCGAACGUCGAUAUUAACUCCAACAACAAUCAGGAAAUUUAGGAGAAAAUCAAAUAUAUUCACGCCGUCUAAAAAAGAAAAAUAUAAUAUGGGUGAAAUGGGUGUUGGCAGAGAAAUACCUGCCAAACAGGGAUAUCUGUUUAAACGAAGCAGUAAAUCUCUCAAAGAGUGGAAAAAAAAGUACGUCACCUUGUUGGAGGAUGGACGUUUAACUUAUCACUCCAGUUUACAUGAUUACAUGAACGAUUCUAAUGGGAAAGAGAUCUUACUUCAAUACGUAACUGUUAAAGUGCCUGGGAAAACUCCGAAGGGGUCCAAAGCUACAGUAGCUCAAGAAGACAGCUUUGAGUUUUCCAUUAUCUCCCUGGAAAACAAAACAUGGCACUUCGAGGCAAAUAAUGCAGACGAUAGGGAUAGCUGGAUACUAGCUAUCGAGCAACAAAUUUUGUCUAGCUUGCAAAAUAGUGAUACGGACAAAAAGAAUGAGACAGAUGCCUUCAAAAUGCAUUGUAUUAAAUACAAGAUUUCCGGUAACGACGCGUGUGUCGAUUGUGGUGCACCAAACCCCGACUGGGCAAGCCUUAACAUGGGAGUGUUAAUGUGUAUCGAGUGUUCAGGAAUACAUAGAAAUUUAGGGUCUCAUAUCUCGAAAGUCAGAUCUCUUGACUUAGAUGAUUGGUCGUCCGGACAACUGAGCGUGAUGUUAGCAUUAGGUAAUGACAUAGCAAAUAGUGUUUGGGAAUAUUGUCUGAAUGGUAAGCAAAAGCCGAAUUCUGAAUCUCCUAGAGAAGAUAAGGAACAAUGGAUUAGAUGGAAAUACGAGGAAAAAGCUUUUUUACCGCCUAUCAAUCCUAAUAUUUCAUUGGGAAAAUUAUUGAUUGAUUCUAUUUGUCGGGGCGACACACGGGCAUUUACUUUAUGCCUGGCGCGAUGUACCUGCGAAGAUAUAAAUAUUUCUGUCAGCGCUGAAGAUCUUCGAACACCACUUCAUCUUGCUUGCGCAACUGGAAAUCUUGCAAUGGCUCAAUUGUUAAUAUGGCAAAAAGCAAAUCCUCAUAGUUUAGACCAUGAAGGACGAACUUGUAUGUCGUAUGUGCAAGCUCUCGAAAGGACAAUCGACAAUUCUUCCGAUUCAAUGGAAAUGCAAAAACUUCUGGAGGUUUUAGAACAACUUUUUCACACCCACUGAGUCUCACGCUCUCUGAUUGGUCAUGGACUAAUUCUGAUUGCAUGAAGAACCACGAAAGUUAUUUGAAGGACUAUAGUAAUUUACGCCAUCCAACGUUUUCAUUACUUUAAUUAAAUAAACUGUAAGUCUUUGCCGAUCACGACUGAUAUUGUAGAUCGAGUAGAAGUGAUGAAGAAAAUAACACUUGCUUAUUUGAAAGAUAAAGUAGCAUUUAUGAAAUGAGUUUUCUUGCCGAUUUGUGCAUCAUAAACUGCAUCGGGUAGUUAAGCUCAUAUAGAAAAAGAGAAUAUCAUCACCUGUGAAUAAGCUGCUGACGGGCUUCUGCGGCAACGAUUUCUGCAAACCUACAACUUACUGUGCAUGCAAAACGGCGGUUAAUUCAGAAUCCUACAAACUGAAUCAGAGUCAUCAUUUUCUACAAUAUUCUCCGGUGGGUUCAGCGGUAACGAGUGAUUUAUACCAGUGUGGUACAAGAUAAUGAGAAUUAUGGGUACAAAGGGGUAUAAUCAAUUCAACAAAAUAUUUCUUUGCGGGUGGCGAAAAAAUUAUAUUUUAUUGAUGCGAAUUAUUUUUUAUUGAAGCAACAAAGGAUUUGACGGUAUCAAUUAACCAGUGUUAAUGUUACGUCCGAAACACAUGAAAAUGCACAAAAUUUUCAUAGAGGUAAGUAAAAAAAUUGAAUAGUCAUAGACACAGUUUCAGACCCAAUCUAGUACAGUUUAUUAAAUAUGCCUUAAUGCUAGCGCAAGUGUUUUAAUACCUGUGUGUAGCAGCUCAACAAGGUGACAAAUAGAAUUCAAGUGACAAGACAUAAAGAUACGAACAAAUAUGCUAUGUGUAAUUACGCCGAAAAGACGAUACUGUUUAGUUCAAGGUCUAAUUCAACCCGUGAGUUCGACGACUGCUCGUCAGAACUAUCACCGAUAAAACGCAAUUACGAAUCCACUCAAUUGUUCAUUCAUUGAUCCAUAUAUUAUAAAUUUUACGGACUAAAAGUCUUUUUCACAUAGAAAGUACAGUUUAGCAUUGAUAGGCGAGCCAGUACCCACCUAAAUGUAGAAGUUAAGUAUCACUUCUGAAUUUUUAUUCCUAGACUCUACAUGUUCAGAAAUUAAUACUACGAAAACCCCAAACAUAAAACUAAGUUUUUCUUCUAUGACAAAAAGAAACCAGUUACAGUUUCUGAAAAUUUCGGGGGAAGAUACCUGCAAUAUAAAUUCUAGCCAACACAGAGAGCACACAUUAUGAAACUAAUACGACCAAUAGAUUUCAGAUGUAAUAAAGUAGUACUAAGCUUCUUUGUGAAAAUGUAUUUAUUCAUAGGUAUAAACAAAUACAUAGACGAUCACAUAUCACUGUCACAUGUUAUGAUUAUGCAUCAUUGUUCUCAGGAAACGAAUGAGUUGCUACAGUUACUAUUGCGGAUAAUACCAGUUUUGUUUAUAACAUCCUUAAUAUUAGAAAUACGAAAUUAUAGAGUAUUUUUCUCUCAUCUUCUUACAAAAAAUAAUUAAUGUAGCUAAUUCGAAUAAGCCAACGACUUAGAAGUUGAGAAACAUGCAAUUCAGAAUGGCCAAUUUGAAGGAAUUGAUCCGCUUUUCAGCACGGUCCGUGCAUACGCACAGUAGAUCCGUCCCUCCCAGCCUAAUCAGAUAUGGAGGGCUAGGAUCAAGCAUGGAGAUAUAGGCAUAUAUACCGACUAUGCUAAGAGUUUGUUGACUGAUUAUCAAACAAUUGCGUGUGGAAUAUCGCAAAGCUCUCUUCUUCUUCUUUCUACUUGGCUACGCGAAGUAUUGUACUGGAUGCCAUACACCAUACUUCAUAGUUCUCAAGUCAGAGCUGAUUAGUGAUCCUUGAAUCUCAGAAAUGGUCGCUCGACCUUGUAAAAUUUCGAUAAGUUAGUUGAAAUAGUUGCAGUCAAACAAGUUUUGUAAUCAU